AUGGGUUCCAAGACACCCGAAGAUCAGAUUCCCGGAGGCAAUGGCGGGUCCACUUCGUCCGGCAUUUCCUCCGGCGGAGAGCCGUGCGGCGUGCACCUCUCCCGCGACGGGGACGGCAGCCUCGGCGACGGAGGCGAUGACGACGGCGACGAUGACGAAGAUGAAGUUGUCGCUGGCUCCGGAUCGCUGAACGAAGUAGCAGACAAUGGCAAUGAUGACAACGACAAUGGACCCAAGAAGAAGAAGCGAAAGCCUAGAAAGAAGAAGAAGAAGGCUUCUGCCGGGGCGACUGCUAUGAAGCAAUCUGACCCUCCGAGGGUGCCGCUGAGCGAGCUUUUUUCUUCGGGCUCGUACCCGGCUGGUGAGGCGCAGGCUUACACCAAGGCCCGGGACACGGAUGCGGAUACUGGCGUCAACACCGCACGCACGACGGCAGCGGAGGUGCGAUACCAAUCCUGUCCGCACCUUGAGGACCCGAGCCUCCUCAACGACUACCGUAAAGCCGCCGAAGUUCAUCGGCAGGUUCGGCAGUGGGUUCAAGAGACGGUGAAGCCCGGCAAGCAGACCCUCCUCGAGAUCGCUACGGGGAUCGAGGACGGGGUGCGGAGUUUGCUGGGGAAUCAGGGGUUGGUGGCGGGGGAUGCGUUGAAGGCUGGGAUGGGGUUCCCUACGGGCCUUUGUCUUAACCAUGAGGUUGCGCAUUAUACGCCGAAUCCCGGACAAAAGGAUGUGGUGUUGAAGUAUGAGGAUGUGAUGAAGGUUGAUUUUGGGGUGCAUGUGAAUGGGUGGAUUGUGGAUAGUGCGUUCACGAUGAGUUUUGAUCCGGUUUGGGAUAGUUUGUUGGCUGGGGUUCGGGAUGCUACGGAGAGUGGGAUCAAGACUGCUGGCAUCGACGUCCGCAUCUGCGACGUCAGCGCCGCGAUCCAGGAGACGAUGGAGAGCUACGAGGUUGAGAUUGGCGGCAAGACGUACCCAGUCAAGCCGGUGCGGAAUAUCUGCGCGCAUGAUAUCGCGCGGUACCAGAUUCAUGCGGGCAAGUCGAUUCCGUUUAUCAAGAACAACGAUCAGACCAAGAUGGAGGAGGGGGAGAUCUUUGCGAUUGAGACGUUUGGAACGACGGGGCGUGGAAAGUUGUAUGAUGAUGUCGGUAUUUAUGGAUAUAAGCUGGAUUACGACGCUCCUGCUCAGGUCAAGUUGCCUUUCGCCUCUGCAAAUCGUCUGUAUAAGACGAUCAAGGAGCAGUUCGGAAGCAUCGUCUUUUGCCGUCGGUACCUUGACCGUCUUGGUCUGGACCGGUACUUGGCUGGUCUUAAAUCACUGGAAUCUCAUGGCAUCCUUGAGUCGUAUGCACCUCUUGCGGAUAUCAAGGGAUCUCAGUCUGCGCAGUUUGAGCAUACCAUCUUACUGCGCGAGAACAACAAGGAGAUCAUUAGUCGAGGGACUGACUAUUGA